GGAGAUGAGUUGAGAGUGAUCAGCAAAGAUGAUAAGGAGAAGAACUGGUGGACAUGUGAACGCAUUGGACAUAACGAAGUUGGACUCGUACCACGUACCUAUGUUGCGCUCUAUCCGGCUUUGCGGUUUAGGAAGAGGACAGCUCUACAUUGGUGGGCCCUUUUGCAAAAUGGUAUAAUUGGACGAUCUUAA